GAGGGCUUGGAAGAUUACCUGCAAUUCCCAUCCUGCAUACCUGGUGCUGCUUUAAUGGCAUCAAAGCGUAAUGUAAAAUACUCUCCACUUGCCACUGAUGAGGAUGGAGAUGACAUUUACAGUGACGAUGGUCAUAUAAAGGGAAAACAAUAUGAUCCUCGGUUUGAUUACACGCCGAAAUAUCUAGACAAAGUUCCAUGGAAAUCAAUUCUUCUCGCAUUGUUUCUGCUUUGCCUCGGUUCACUUCUUCUCUUUCUGUCAUUUUUCAUCCUCACUGGUCAUAUGGGAGGGGAGCAGUCUCAAGCAUAUGGUCUUCUUGCACUUGGAAUUCUUACCUUCCUUCCAGGCUUCUAUGAGACUCGGAUUGCAUAUUACUCGUGGAGAGGUGCUGCCGGCUAUCGAUUUGCAGCCAUUCCUGACCACUGAAAUCAUAACAAAAGAUGGACAAGUUGUUUCUACUUGGUCUGAUGGUAAGAUGCUGCCUGAAAAUUAUGUAUUUUCAACUGAAAUGAGACCCGGGGAGCACGUUCCCGUUUCCAAGAAUAUUCCGGUCAUUGAUCUUGGAAAGGCGGUAGGGCUUGAUCGCAAAGAAACAAUUCAAAAGAUUAUAGAGGCUAGCCAGGAGUUCGGAUUCUUUCAGGUGAUUAACCAUGGAGUUCCGCAGACAGUAAUUGAUGACGCGAGAACUGCUUAUCAAGACUCCUUUGAUCUUCCUACAGAGGAAAAAUUGAAAUUAUGUUCAUCUGAUAUAAGUCAGAAAUGCAUAUAUUACACAAGCAAUGUCAUGUAUGAUGACGAAGACAUUCAUGCUUGGAGGCACAGUUUACGACACUUGCGCUCUCCUCUGGAAGAAUGCAUCCAUUCUUGGCCUCAAAAGCCAACCAAAUACAGGGAGGUUGUGGGGAAGUAUGUAACUGAAGUUAAAGAGAUGGGAACAAGAAUUCUGGAGCUCAUAAGUGAAGGACUAGGGCUUGGAGUAGGAUAUUUUGCGAAUGAAUUGAGUCAAGAACAACAUAUGAGCAUUCAUCGGUAUCCUCCAUGCCCUGAUCCUAGUUUAACCUUGGGACUCAAGCCGCACUGUGAUACAGGACUCAUUACCAUACUUCUCCAAGGAACUGUCGCGGGGCUUCAAACGUUGAAGGAUGGCCAAUGGAUCGGCUUUGAGGCAAUUCCUGAUGCAUUUGUUAUUAACAUUGGAUACCAAUUACAGAUGGUUAGUAAUGGUAAGCUGCAUAGUGUGGAGCAUCGAGCAGUAACGAACAAAGAUGAAACUCGGAUGACUGCUGCCUUCUUUAUAGAGCCAAAGAAAGACUGCAUUGUGGACUAUGUGGAGCCUGCGAAAGCAUUGAUUAAUGCUGAAAGUGUAAAAUAUGCCGAAUUUGUUCAAAUGUUUAGGGCAGCCUAUUCAGGGAAGAUUAAGAAUGCAUUAGAGCCUUAUAUGAUAACAUCAACAUCAUCAUUGUUAACCGAGUAAGGCUAUGUUUCAACUUACUUAAGUUGAUAAUUUGGUUAUUUAAGAAAUAAAUUAGACAGAUCUUAAUUAUUAUUUUUUUUCUUUUUGCGUUUAUUUAUCGUUAAAUAUAGUUAAUUUGGUACUGAAUACUAUGUGACAAUUUUGAUAUUUUUUUGAAAAUGCAUAUUAAUAAAAAU